GAUUGUCUAAAACUUCACAGUACUGAAGAAAGGAGAAAUGAUUGACAUGUCUGAAGACCAAUAGACAUUCAAUGAACUGCUGCACUGUUUGCAGCAGCUGCUUUCGGUUUUGUGUGAAUGAUAACUGUUUCUGCUCAGAAUCAAACUUCAGUGACCAACCCUAGUUUUACCAUGCCCACGCCCUAUGGUCAAGAGCGCCUUAUGUAUUUGUUAGAUACAGAAAAAGUACCAACUGUACCCUAUAACCCAGUGCGCCCUAUGGUCGUGAAAAUACGGUAAAUUCAUGGGUCAAGAGGUUUAUUUUCUUCAAUUUGGUGUUUGACUCACUGAAGACUGAAAGACUAAACAACUUCUUACUGACUUAACUUUGAAUGAGAUCUAAAGAGUUUUUUUUUUUUUUUUUCAAUUGAAAUGUUAAACAGUGGAGCUUCUUACUGAGAGGUUUUAGACUUUCAGUGGUAUCUAACAAAACUUUUAAGUCCUUUUAAAGGGGGUCCUUCUUGUGUUUGUGUCUCUGCAGUCCUUCCCCAGCAUCAUGAGACGGAAGGGAAUUUCAGAGUGGAACAGGAAGAACCAGAACGUCUGCAGAUUAAAGAGGAACCGGAUAAACCAGAACCACCACAGGUUAAAGAAGAACCAGAUGAACUACAACCACCACAGAUUAAAGAGGAACCGGAUGAACCAGAGCCUGCACAGAUUAAAGAGGAACCAGAUGAUCCAGAACACCCGCAGAUUAAAAAGGAACAGGAAGAUCUAGAACCACCACAGAAUAAAGAGAAAUGGGGGGGACUGAAACUACCACGGAUUAAAGACGACAUAGAAACGCUUGAUCUGAAGCAGGAGACUGAUUCCUUAAUGGAGAUUUCUACUUAUGAGGAAAAUGAGAAGAGUGAAGCAGAUCUAAAAAAUCAACAGAGCUUUAAUGUAACUGAUAGUCAGGAUGAAAACCCCACUUCAACUACGGAUGAAGAGAUAGAUCUACAGAACAGAGAACAGGAGAUCCCAAGAGUCUGUAAAGAAUGCGGUAAAAGUUUUGGUUCCUUGUCUCAGCUUAGAUUUCACAUGCGAUUCCAUACAAAAUGCAAGCCAUUUGCUUGUAAAGACUGUCCUAAAAGUUUUAGUAAAUUACCUAAGCUUAAAUCGCACAUGAAAAUCCAUAAGGAAGAAAAGCGUUUUUCUUGUGAACAAUGUGAAUCAAAGUUUACUCGUAUGUCUAAUCUCAAAAUACACUUGCGAACUCACACAGGAGAAAAACCUUAUACUUGUGAAGAAUGUGACAAAAGUUUUUGUCGUACAUUUGAACUGAAAAGACACAUGAGAACUCACACCAGAAAGAGGCGUUUUUCUUGCAGAGAAUGUGACAAAACUUUUAUUGAUAGGUCUUAUUUCAAAACACACAUGAAAAUUCACACGGGAGAGAAUCAUUUUUUAUGUAAAGAAUGUGAUAAGAGUUUCAUUCGUUUGUCCCAUCUUAAAUCACACAUGAGAACUCACACAGGAGAAAAGCCUUUUUCUUGUGAAGAAUGUGACAAAAGUUUUGGUCGUAUGUAUGAGCUCAAAAGACACAUGACGACUCACACAGAGAAGCGUUUUUCCUGCAAAGAAGGUGAUAAAUCUUUCAGCGAUAGGUCUUCUCUCAAAACACACAUGAGAACUCACACAGCAGAGAAGCCUUUUUCUUGUGAAAAAUGUGCAACAAGUUUUAGUCGUGUAUAUGACCUCAAAACACACAUGAGAACUCACACAGUAGAGAACCCUCUUUCUUUAAAAAAUUGUGAUAAGACUACAUCCCAUCCUAAAUCAUAUAUGAGACUUGACACAGAAGAGAAGCUUUAUUCUUGUAAAGAAUGUAAUAAAAAUUUCCAUCAUGCUUCUACUUUCAAAUCACACAUGAGAACUCACACCGGAGAGAAGCGCUUUUUUUGUAAAGAGUGUGAUAAAAGUUUCAGUAGAACACCCAGUCUCAAAACACACAUGAGAACUCACACAGGAGAAAGACCUUAUAUUUGUAAAGAUUGCAAUAAAAGUUUUACUGAACGUGCUCAUCUCAAAAAACACAUGCAAAUUCACACGAGAGAGACUUUUUCUUGUAAAGAAUGUGCUGCAAGUUUUAGGCAAAUAUCUGAUCUCAUUUCACACAUGAGAACACAUGUAGGACAUGAACAUUUGUCUUGUACAGGAUUUUGUUUACACUCGUUAAUUAAAAAAGACAACAAAACUUUGCCGUGAACACAUACAGUAUAAAAUAAGACAUUUUGGGUUUACUUAAGAAGAGGGAAUUAUUGUCAAGAAGUAUAAUUUUAUCUUUAGCAAGAAAUAAACUGGAAUUUAAAACAGAA